CUCGAUGCUAUACCGCUAUAGAGCAAGCCCUUCUUGUCACGGACGAUUGGGUGCAAGCCUGUGGCUGUGCGACAGAUAAACAGCUUGCUACGCGACGGUUGGCUACAUUACACUGCCUUUCCGUAGGCAACGGGCAGACAUGCAAUCAAUUUCAAAAGAGAUGCUGUCGUCAUGGAAGAGACUUCAGACAUAUGCCCAGAUAGCAUCAGGAUCACUUCUCCCGCAAUUGCCAAAAAACAUGCUCAUCGAGACAUGGCGCAGUCGACGCUAGUGAUCUUCAACCACACAGGCGCAGCACAGCGUGCGCAUGUUUCGAUCCUUGCCAAUGCGCGAUCGAAGGCUUGCAGAUACUCUUUGCCACUGUCUGUCGUUGGUCGGCCCAUCGUUCCUGCUGCUCGCAACACAUUGACGCAACUUCGUCAACAACCAACAUCUGGCAGCUACAAGUAUCACCGAGCGCUUACUGUACACUGCAUACUUUGCUCAGCAUGCAGUAGAAGUCAGCCCUACCAGGUCACAUAUACACACCAUCCAGCAGUUGCUUGCAGACGCACUCCGUUCUCACGGCGUGUCAGACGCCCGAGGGACGUUGGUUUCUUUAGCGCCUGCGCCACAAACGCCUCGUGAACAGCAUCGCGAUCAAAGACACCUUCCGACCUCUUGGCUCCUCUCUGCUCACCGAAAGCCUGUCGCGACGAUACCAUCCUCGCUUUUGAGGC